AGAGCAGCGUCUGUGACUGUGCCGGUGGAGCAAGCCAGCUUUAACCUUUGCUAAGGCACACCCAAAGCACAUACCAUGAGCCGGGUUUGAGCCUGCGAAAUCUGGGGGAAAACAAUCACGACUGCGAGAGAAAUCGGAUGAGAGGAACGGCUCAGACAGAGUGAGCUGCCGUAGAUUGUCCAAAGGGGCAGCGUUUCUCCUAGUUCCGGUUUGUCUGCCUGUGCGCGCUGUGCGAGUUGGGACCCUAAACAAAAGGCUGCCAUCAUCCUAAAGGAGAUAUUCUGCGAGAGAGCCCGUCUGCUUGAUGCUAACUAAACAUGAGCUCCUAUUUUGUUAAUCCUCUUUUUUCUAAGUACAAAGGCAGCGAAUCACUGGAGCCAACUUACUACGACUGCAGGUUUCCACAAAGCGUUGCCCGCAGCCACACGCUGGUUUACGGACCCGGAGCAGCCGCACCGGGCUUUCAGCACCCGUCCCAUCAUGUGCAAGACUUUUUCCACCACGGGACCACUGGGAUCUCCAACCCCGGAUACCAGCAAAACCCCUGCGCUUUGGCUUGCCACGGGGAUGCAACGAAAUUUUAUGGAUAUGAAGCCCUUCCGAGGCAAACGCUUUAUGGUACCCAGCAAGACGCAAGCCUAGCGCAAUACCCAGACUGUAAAUCGUCGAGCAGCUCUAACCCCGGAGAAGGACAAGGCCACUUAAAUCAAAACUCCAGUCCCAGUCUUAUGUUUCCUUGGAUGAGACCCCACGCCCCAGGCAGACGGAAUGGGAGGCAAACCUACAGUCGUUACCAAACUCUUGAACUGGAGAAGGAGUUUCUCUUCAACCCUUACCUGACCCGCAAGAGAAGGAUUGAGGUGUCUCACGCCCUGAGCCUCACCGAGCGGCAGGUGAAGAUUUGGUUUCAGAACAGGAGGAUGAAGUGGAAAAAAGAAAACAACAAAGACAAGUUUCCGGGUCAGAGAGGAGAGGCUGAAGCCGAGGCCGAGGAUGACGGCAACGAGGACGGUGAAGGGGAAGAGGCAGAGGAGAAAGAAGCGGAAGAGAAAGAAGAGACCAAGGAGUGAUUUUAUGGUCCUUUUUAUGGUUAUAUGGCUGAAAAAGAGAAAAAAAGAGAGGUCCCAUAAAGAGACGAAAAGUCACAAGGAGUCAGAGAGCGCGUCAACUUUAUGACCACCCUUUCAUUAUGUCAAGAGGAAACAGGAAUCUCUCUUAAAUAUUGCUGUCAUAAAUAGACAAAAUUCUCCCUUCUCACGAUUAUCCCAACAUGAGUUGCAUUUGGAUUUGGAUUCUGUAGAAGCUGCACACGCUUGUAGCUCAUUUCCUUUGAUAGAACAGUCAUCCAUGCCAAAAGAGGGUCAAUUAAAACGCAUGUUAGAUGGAAAAGACUUAGCUAUUUUUUUUUCUUUCUUUCUUUCUUUCUUUUUUUUUUUUUACCAAUUUUGCUUUUAAGAACUGUUUCAGAAGCAUAGCCAAAUAAGAUCAGAACAUGACCAACGCCGACCUGUGUUGUAAAUAUAUUAUAGCCUACAUUAAAAAGAACAUGGACGUCAUUUCAGAGUACCCUUUCCGAAAUUGUAAACGAAAUGUAUGGCCUAUAACUUAGUAGUAAGUAUUCAAACAUCAUCGCAGCAGUUACAUUGGCUAACGACCUGUGUAGGAACCAUACGUUUUAUUAUUCGAAUUGUUACUGUUACUGUUUUACUCGUUUUCAUGUGAAUGGCCUAGACAAAGAUAGCCAUUAGCUCCUCAGACAUCUUUUUCUAGGAUUACCAGGGAAAUGCAAUCGUUUGAAAUCCUUUGAUGCUACCUAAACCUGGGGGAAUUGCAAUAGAGAUUUCUGAAUAUAGAGAUUUCAGAUGGUUUUAAUUUUAAAAGUGUUCUAUAUCAUCAUUAUAUUAAGUUAUGUAUGUAGCAUUUAGCCUACCCAAUAUACAAUAUACACUUGUUGAAGACAAUUUGUGAGUCUUGGGAAGACAAUUAGUUUAAAGCCAAGCAAACUAUUUUGAGAUUGUACCACGGCACUACCUAAACUCAGAGCUUUGCCUUUGCUGAAUUUAUAUUUCUCACUUGUGGCAUCGCUCUGAUUCGAUUGCAAGCUAUUUUCCCAACAACUAAAACUGCCUAUAACGCACAUUUACUGUGUAUGAUAAUACAUGCUACAAUUACAAGGAUUUUAAAAUAAGGGAAUUUUUAUUUUAAUGUGCUGGUGACAUAGCGUAGUUGUUUUGCACUGAAUAUAAUCUUUAUGUACGUCUUGUUAUAUAUUGAUGUUAACAAUAUGCUCGUUUCCAUGGUGUUUCUCCUGUGAAAGACGGAAUUGUGUGUCCCCGCCAUUGUUGAUGUAAAAUUACAAAUAAACAAAAUGGCUCA